AUGGGAGUCCUCGAAGCCGUCGGUGCGCGCAUUUUCGCCCGAGGACCCACGGUCUACGUGGUGACGCCGACGUACCGGCGCGCCAACCAGGCCCCCGUGUUGGUAAGGCUGUCACAGACGCUCAUGCUGGCAAAGGUUCGCAUCUUCUGGGUCGUCGUCGAGGAGGGCGAGCGGCCGUCCACGUUGGUGAGAAACAUACUGCGCCGUUCGGGGCUGGCCGGUGUUCACCUGGCCAGUCGGACUCCCUCGAAAUUUCGGCGAAUCACGCACGGCAUGUUCGUCGCCCGUCGCAUGAGGGCGAUAGAGUGGCUGCGAGACAACGCCGUGCUGCCUUCCGUGCUGUACUUCGCCAAAGAGGACAACUCCUACGACCAUCGCCUGUUCGCUCAGAUUGCUCAGGUUCAACGGGUCGGCGUGUUCCCCGUGGCACUGACAGGGGCGUACAACAUCAGUUCUCCCUUGGUGUCGCCCGACGGCCGCGUUGUGGGCUUCCACGAACCGAGCGAGCCGGGACGUCGCUUCGCCAUGGACUUGGCCGGGUUCGCCGUCAAUAUGCGGCUCGUCCUGUCCAGCGCCAGCCCCAACAUAAGCUUCGACUUGGACCAAGUCGCGACUGUGUUUCUCGAGAGCCUCGGCGUCACCGUCGACGACUUGGAGCCGCUGGCCAGAAAAUGCACAGAGGUGCUGGUGUGGCGCACGAAGAUGAUUCAAGCAAAAUUUCCCGAUACAAAGUUAUUACGUUCCCAUAACAUUACGCCGCCGAACAAUCUACCGCUGUUAUACAAGAACAUCCGAGCAGAAGAAACAUAUAAUGCGGACAAAUAACAAUGAGCCGUGUCGUUCCUUGGUUAAGUGUGAGUUGCUGACGUAUGUUAACAAAAAACGGGGCCAAGGAAUGUUGAGCAUGUCGUCAACAUGCCUGAAAAAAAAAAAAAAAACCCAGCCAUGUUUUGCUCUCUGGUCUGUUCGGUCUCCCCCCAGAGAUGGGGUGUGUAUUAAAGAACCCCUAAAUCACCUUUAAUAAUUCAACACAAUUAUGCAUAUCCAAUGAAAAUGUUGGAAUCUAUCCGAAGCGAAGGUUGGAGGAGUGGUGAUGCCUAUUUGCUGUUACAUAGAAAAUGGUUUUCGGCGAUGUUUAUGUAUACAGGAAUCUGUAGCGGAAUAUGCUCAUUCUGAAGGAUUGGCCAAUGACUGAGAGGCCGAAUCAAAGAAAAUACGAUAAAUAAAAGAGUCCAGUAAAUAUACCAUUCGAUUAACAGAUCCGCGUUCUUUAGACAUGCCUGGAAGCCGCAACUCCUUCAGGUUUUAAGUGGGAAGUUAUUUUUUGGUAACAAAAAUGGGCAUACUUGGUCAGCAUACUAAGGUUAUAUAGCCCACUUCGUGGGUGCUUUUAUGCAACCUUUGUAUAUAUACGCGAAAAAAAAAAUAUAUCGGGAGAGAUGGCAACGCGGCGAGGGGGAGAGCACUAACAGGAGGAGGACAGCGAAGGCGAGAGAGUAACCGCUCACUGUCCUACAAACUCAGAAUGGUUCAGGGGGCUUUCCAAUGUAACACCCUUUGUUAUGAGCGCACUGUUGUCUAAAUAAAAAAAGUUGCGAAGGCCGUUGCACCAUGCGCUGUAAAAUAAUGGUACGCAGAGAAAUAUGAUUCGCAGAGC